AUGCUUUCUUUUUCUUUCUUCAGCAAUGAUAAUGGCUUGAAGUUGCAGGUUUUAGAGCAGAAAGAUGAGAGGAUCAGAAUGAUUCGACAAGAAGAUGUUGAAGAAACGAAGAGUAGAUUGUUUUGCUGCGAGUACAGUGCCUUCUCAGAGGCUUCUUUGGUUCACCUAGAUUACCUUGAAGCUGGUGCAGAUAUCAUUAUCACAGCCUCCUACCAGGCUACCAUUCAGGGGUUUCAGGCUAAAGGCUUGUCAAAAGAAGAAAGUGAAGCUUUACUGCAGAGAAGUGUUGAAGUUGCUCUAGAAGCACGCGAUAUUUAUUAUGAGAGAUGCAAAGAUUGUUGUUCUGAUGAUACUAGAGAUGGAAAAAUUUUCAGAAAACGUCCAAUCUUAGUUGCAGCAUCUCUUGGAUGGUAUGAAGCUUAUUUAGCUGAUGGAUCUGAGUAUAGUGGGAAAUAUGGAGACACAGUUACUAUAGAAACUCUCAAAGAUUUUCACAGAAGAAGAGUUCAGGUUUUAGCUGGGUCAGGUGCUGAUCUAAUUGCAUUUGAAACAACUCUAAAUAAGUUAGAAGCUCAGGCUUAUGCUGAGCUUCUUGAGGAAGAAGACAUUAAUACUCCAGCAUGGUUUUCUUUUACUUCCAAAGAUGGUGUCCAUGUGGUUAGUGGAGAUUCUUUGAUUGAGUGUGUCUCAAUUGCUGAUUCAUGUAAGAAGAUUGUUGCUGUUGGAAUCAACUGCACCCCUCCUAGAUUUAUUCAUGGACUCAUUCUAUCUACUAAAAAGGUUACAACUAAACCGAUACUCAUUUAUCCAAACACUGGUGAGACAUAUGAUGCUGAUCGGAAGGAGUGGGUAAUGUCUACUGAGGUUUCAGAUGAAGAUUUUGUCUCAUAUGUUAGUAAAUGGCAUGAGGUUGGUGCUUCACUCAUUGGAGGCUGCUGCAGAACAACUCCAAAUACUGUUAGGGGCAUAGCUAGAGCUCUCAACAAGGGAUCUACUGUUCAAGCUUUAUCUUACAAGGAGAUGAAGGAAGGGGGCAGAGAGGAAGACACAAAGGGAAAUGUAAACAUCAACUCUUACCCAUAGAACUAUUUGUAUCAGA